UCUGAGUUUAAGGUGAACAAAUAAAUAAAACAUGUCUGCGACAGAUUAUAACUCGGAAAAAGAUAAGGUGAAGCGAUUUUUGUCCGAAUAUUAUAUUGAUGGCCCAAAUGGUAAAUUGUUUAAAUAUGGUGAACAGUUGAUGAAACUUGCACACAGAGAACAAGUUGCAUUGCAGAUUGAAUUAGAUGAUGUCGAAGACGCGGAUCCAGAACUUGCAGAAAAUAUUGUUGGAAAUACUAGAAGAUACACCACCUUAUUCUCGGAUGCCGUUUUCGACAUGUUGCCUGACUACAAGGAAAGAGAAGUGGAACACAAAGAUGUAUUGGAUGUUUUCGUUGAACAUCGCUUGAUGAUGGAAAGACAGCUGCACCCUCCUCAGCCAGGACAGACUCCUGCUGAUGUACAUAGUAUGUUCCCACCAGAACUGCUGAGAAGAUAUGAAAUCCAGUUUAAACAUAGCUCCAAUCAGAAGGCUGAAUCUAUCAGAAAUGUAAAAGCUGAACAAAUUGGUAAACUUACAGUAGUAAGAGGAAUUGUGACGCGUUGUACUGAAGUUAAGCCAGUCAUGUCAGUUGCAACAUAUACAUGUGACAGAUGUGGUGCAGAGGCUUAUCAAAUGAUCAACUCGCCAACAUUCAUGCCACUAAAUAAUUGUGAAAGCCAGGAUUGUAAAACAAAAAGAACUGGUGGUCAACUAUAUCUCCAAACAAGAGGCUCAAAAUUUAUGAAGUUUCAAGAACUUAAAAUACAAGAGCACAGUGAUCAAGUUCCUGUCGGAAAUAUUCCACGGGCAAUGACGUUACUAGCUCGUGGUGAAAAUACUCGUCUGGUAAUACCAGGUGAUCAUGUUCAAGCAACUGGUAUAUUCUUGCCAAUGUUAAAGACUGGGUUUGGUGCCUUAAUGCAUGGUCUAAAUACAGAAACAUUUUUAGAUGCGCAUAGAAUCGUUAAGAUGAACAAAAGUGAAGACCAAGAAAUGGACAACGAAGAAUUAUCAGAGGAAGAAGUCCUAGCUUUAGCAGAACAGGCUGACUUUUACGAGAAGCUCUCCUCCUCCAUUGCACCUGAAAUUUAUGGUCAUGAUGACAUUAAGAAGGCACUACUAUUGCUGCUUGUGGGUGGUGUUGACAAAAACCCCAAUGGAAUGAAAAUAAGAGGAAGCAUCAAUAUAUGUUUAAUGGGUGAUCCUGGUGUAGCCAAGAGUCAGUUGCUUGGCUACAUUGACAGAUUGGCUCCACGAAGCCAAUACACGACAGGACGAGGAUCAUCAGGGGUUGGUUUGACAGCAGCCGUAACAAAGGACCCGUUGACUGGCGAAAUGACACUAGAGGGAGGUGCUCUUGUGUUGGCUGAUCAAGGUGUAUGCUGUAUUGACGAAUUUGACAAAAUGGACGACUCGGACAGAACUUCAAUUCAUGAAGUCAUGGAACAACAAACAAUUUCAAUUGCCAAGGCCGGCAUUAUGACCACAUUAAAUGCACGUGUAUCAAUUCUGGCAGCUGCUAACCCUGCUUAUGGUAGAUACAAUCCAAAGAAAACAGCUGAACAAAACAUUCAAUUGCCAGCUGCUUUGUUGUCAAGAUUUGAUCUGCUCUGGUUAAUUCAAGAUAAACCUGACAGGCAGAACGAUUUAAGGUUGGCUCAGCAUAUUACAUAUGUUCACCAAAACUCUGUUCACCCACCUGCACAAUAUGAACCGUUGGACAUGAAUUUGAUGAGACGAUACAUUGCCGCUUGUAAGGAAAAAAACCCUGCUAUUCCACGAGAGCUUACUGAUUAUAUUGUCAGCGCCUAUGUGGAGAUGAGGAAAGAAGCAAGACACAGUAGAGAUAUGACAUUUACAUCAGCUCGAACCUUGCUUGGCGUGCUUCGACUGUCCACCGCAUUGGCUCGGUUACGAUUGGCUGACAUCACAGAAAAAGAAGAUGUUGAUGAAGCGAUGAGACUAAUGGAAAUGUCUAAAUCUUCCCUCAAUGACGAAGAGCCGGUUUCAAGGAAGCCUCAAGCUGUGGAUGCUAUAUAUGGAAUAAUUCGCGAAAUAGCUGGAAACGGUCGACAUAUCAGUGUCGAGGAUGCUAAACAGCGCUGUCUGACAAAAGGAUUUACUCCUGAACAGAUUGAAAAAUGCCUCAAUGACUACGAAUCUCUUAAUGUGUGGCAGAUUAAUAAAGCGAAGACGAAGAUAACUUUUGUGUAAGAUCGUGCUGCGAUUUAUUUAUUAGAUUUUUUUAAUUCUUGUAUAUAACAUGGUAUUGUGAAACUUAACGUGUAAUAAACAUUUUAAUGGUA